CCUGUCCCCUUCUCCCUCUCAGUCCUCUCACCAAGUCCUCCCUUGGUCUUCUCUUUCCCAUCCCUCUCACCAGCCUUCUCCCACCCCCUGCUCCCAUCCUCCUUGUCGACUCUGCCUAGCUAACCCUUUCUUCCUGUGUCCCCAGUCUCAUUGAAGUCCCUUUCUCCCUUCCCCUGGUCUGGCUCCCUUGUCCCAUCCGGUCCCCGCCCUGUCCCCUUUGUGCCCCUGCCUCCCUUUUUCUCUCUCUCUCCUUGGCUUGGCAUUCCUUCUCCACUUCUAAUUCCCUCGGUUCAGCCUCCCUGUCCUUUCUGGACCCGCUGGUCUCCCUGCCACGGUCCAAGCCAUCAUGUUCACCCCAAUGGUGGCUGGGGGGGUGGUGUUCCCCGGACUCUUCCUCCUAUCCAAGAACACGCUCCAGAGGCUGCCCCAGCUGCGCUGGGAGGAAGCCGACGCGGUCAUUGUCUCCGCCAGGCUCGUGUCCUCUGUCCAAGCCAUCAUGGCCUCCACAGCUGGCUACAUCGUCUCCACCUCCUGCAAGCACAUCAUUGAUGACCAGUCAACCAGGGAGAGCAAGAGUGUGGAGCAAAGAGAACCCCAAAGCAGAUCCUGGCACUGGCUGUCCUCUGCCUACACACAGUUUGCAGUACCCUACUUCAUCUACGAUAUUUAUGCCAUGUUCCUCUGCCACUGGCACAAGCACCAGGUUAAAGGGCACGGAGGAGAAGAUGGGACGCCCAAAGCCUUGGGCAGCACCUGGGCAGUGGUACGUGGCUACCUGCACAAGGAGUUCCUCAUGGUGCUCCACCACGCGACCAUGGUGCUGGUAUGCUUCCCUCUCUCAGUGGUAUGGCGACAGGGCAAGGGUGAUUUCUUUCUAGGCUGCAUGUUGAUGGCUGAGGUCAGCACACCCUUUGUUUGCCUGGGCAAGAUCCUCAUCCAGUACAAGCAGCAGCACACACUGCUGCACAAGGUGAACGGGGCCCUGAUGCUGCUCAGCUUUCUGUGCUGUCGGGUGCUGCUCUUCCCCUACCUGUACUGGGCCUACGGGCGGCAUGCCGGCCUGCCACUGCUCUCAGUGCCCCUGGCCAUCCCAGCCCAUGUCAACCUGGGUGCAGCUCUGCUCCUUGCCCCUCAGCUCUACUGGUUCUUCCUCAUCUGCCGCGGGGCCUGCCGCCUCUUCCGGCCCCGAGGGUCCCCGCCAACCUCUCCCUGUCAGACCCAGGACUGAGGCUGGGGUCUGGGGAACACCCCCCCCCGUGGGGACAGGGCUCUGGGGCCAAUGGGUGGGGGUUGAGAGCCAGGGGCCCCAUACCUUGACAAGCCCCAAGACUGACAGAUGGACUUGGAAUGGGAGGGAGAAAUCUACCCUCAGGUAGAUGGUCAGGUGACUGGAAGACAGGGAGAGAGGGGACCUCUGCUCCCCAGAGUAUCUAAACCUGGGAUUACAGGCCUCUUCCUGCCCUGUGCUGGCCAAGUGAAGGCAAGAGGAAGAUCUGGAGGGCCUGUGGGAAGACAGGGGCUCAACAGGACUAGAAGUCAAAGGACAUAGGGGUGGCCCCACUGCCAAGGACAUCCCAGCCCUCUGCUGCAAACCCCUCUCUGCUCCCUAUCGCCUGGGAGAGAGAAGACACCCUAACCCACCCCGUGGGCUGGUGGCCCCCACAGUUCCUUCCUGUGGAGGUCAGUCAGAGGAACCGUAUUUAUUUAUUCACCCAUAUCAAACGAGUUUGUUGGGGUGGGGGGAGGGAGAGGACUGCUCCCCCAACAGCCUUCCCAGUGCUGAACAACCCCGCAGGCAGGUGAGGCCAGUCCCUUCCCCCCUUCCCAGCAGGCUGCACAUCUCGCCCUCGGGCUCUGGCUUGUCCCUGGUGCUAUAGACCUCUCAAGGCUUCCUCAAUCUGGGGUCACAGACCCUGGGAGGUGCUUCACAGACUGCUAAUAAAGACGAUCUGCGUGACCGCCA